AUGGUAACACAACGAUAUGAAUUUCAAGUUGAAGAAAUUCUUCGUCGAAACCGCGCUUUUCAAAUUGUUGAAGCUAAAUAUCAAUAUCAAGAGUGUAACUCUAACGAUGAAGAACGUAUUUAUGGUGUGAAGGUGUCACGACAAACUUAUGAAAAAUUAGCAGCUACAAUCUCAAAACCAACCUUACCAUUUGAAAAAUUUGUCAAAAUAUUAAGACCACUGAUGAUGGGUGUAUAUGCAACUACUGAUAUACCUGGGGCAUUUUAUCUCUUAGACAGUGAUAAUACAGGUACAAUUGAUAUCAAUGACAUCGCUGCUUUUAUGCCAAUUAUUGUGACGGGUGCAAGUCCACACAUGCUCCUUGAUAUUAUUCAAAAAGUUGAUCAAAAUCGUGAUUAUAAGUUGAAUUUAGCUGAAUUUACUAAUCUCAUCAAAAAAGGCAUUGGACGAGAAAUUGCCAUGCGGUGCAUGUAA